AUGGUCUACUGCAGCGACUGUGGUUGCGACCGCGCUCGGCGGGACUUCUCCACGCGACAGCUGAAGAAGGAGUACCCGCGCUGCUACGUCUGCACUCAGGGCGGCGACUCAAGUUACGGGCAGGAGACCUUUGCUUUUGAGUGCCCCGAGUGCAGCAAGCGCUUCGCCGAUGCAAAUUCCCUUGCGCAGCACCGGCACACGCAUCGGGCGCGCUCCUUCCCCUGCCCGGGCUGCGGCGAGCUGUAUCGCGGUAUGACGGACGCUGCGAUGCACUUUGAGAGCGGCUCGUGCAACGCCUGCCGAGGCAAGGACGCGGCCCGGCGGGCUGCGUACGAUCUCGUGGCGAAUCAGCCGGGCGGGAGCCGCUUCCUCACCAACCCGCGCAUGCUCACGUACGACGGCCAGGUUGGAGGCGGCUACUCUGACAGUGGGCACAACUACCAGUGCCACGCUUGCGGUAAAACAUUCGGCCAGCUCUCGUCGUUCAUGCAGCACACGCAGAACCGACCGGCGUGCCGGGACGGCCAGCACGUCAACGCGAACCUCAAGCUGACUCACUCGACGCCGCAGCCGGAGCGGCUGAGGUUCUUCCACGGCACCACGUGGGCCAAGGCGUGCGCGAUCGAGCAGCAGGGCUUCGUGCCGUCCGAGAGCGGCUGCCUCGGCAGAGGGACGUACGUCGCGCGCCAGGACAAGGCGCGGCGCUUUGCGGAGAUGCGCUCCGUGCAGACGGGCGAGCCCGGCCGGCGCAGCUAG